CCGCGACAUCAGACGCCUAUCCAGCUGGGACUGCUCCAGUCAAGGCUGAAUAUCUCGUCUCACCAGAUGCCGCACGGCUCGCACCCAAAGCUGACGACGAUGCUGCCGAAGGCAGCACCAGGCACACCGUUCGUAGCGCUGAUGGGCUCGAUGGCAAUGAUGACGGCAAUGAAGACGGCGAGCCUCCAGCCAAAAAGCAGAAGCUCACCAACUCGCAGAAGAGGAAGCUCUCAAAAGAGGAGAAGAAGGCGAAUCGCGGCAUGAAUAAAGGCAGAAGAUGGCAGAAGACGAAGGAUGAUGUGGACGUUUGUUGGAGAGUCGCAACUGGGGGAGACUGCGAAUUCGGUGCAGAAUGUCGGUUUAGCCACGAUAUUCCGGCUUACCUUGCCGCAAAACCAAGAGAUAUUUACUUCAAUAUCACCGACCCUCUAACCGACACCCCUCCUUUUGUGAAGCUUACCGGGUCCGAAAAUAACAUGGAGGCCGCGGUGGACAGUGCUCAAGACUCCGUCGAUUUUUCUACCCAUUGCCCAAACUUUGAAGAAACAGGGGCCUGCCGACAUGGUUUCAAAUGCCGUUUUCUCGGCGGUCAUGUUCGCAAAGAGGAUGGAAAAUUGUCGCUUAUUCAAGAUGACAGCAAAAGGUCGAACAGUCUACGAUCGUCUACGGAAAUAAAUUAUCUCGAUGGACAAACUAUGAAACUUUUACGAACAAAGAAGUAUCCGCUUCCAAUCACUGCUGCAUACUUGAAGGAGCUCGAAGACGCUAAAGACGAAGAGAAUGCUAGCAGUGCUAAAGCCAAAGCCGACGCCACCCCAAAGGACCCGCCAACACCGGCAUCAAAGGAGGAUACGGAAUCUGCUAUCAUCUUCAAAGAACCUGAACAGGAUAUGGUGGAGGUUCCGCCGCCAUCUCCAUCACUCCUCCCAGCACCGGCAAAAUACUCCGAUGUCGAGGCUGCUGCUCAGGCUGAUACGCCUGAUGUUCGACCGCGCUUUGUCGAAAAGAAGCGACUGGUGUGGAGUAAUAAAACAUACCUCGCACCAUUAACGACCGUCGGGAACUUGCCUUUCCGUCGGCUAGCCGUCUCCCUCGGCGCAGACAUCACAUGCGGCGAAAUGGGCCUCGCCAACUCCUUCCUUUCUGCCUCCAAGGAAGAAUGGUCCUUGAUCCGACGCCACCCGGACGAGCAAAUGUUCGGCAUUCAGCUCGCAGGCAAUAAACCAUCACUACUCACACCCGCCGCAGAGGUCAUUGCACGCGAGUGUGCUGGAGGGAUCGAUUUCGUGGACUUGAACUGCGGGUGUCCCAUUGAUUUGGUGUUCAAGACAGGAAGUGGAUCGGCGCUGCUCGAUGCGCCGGGAAAAUUGGGUAAAAUCCUGACUGGGAUGAAUCGAGCGCUGGGCGAGAUCCCCUUGACAGUAAAACUACGGACCGGCGUUCGCGAGGGUCGCAACACGUCUCAUAAGCUCAUGCCCAGGAUUGCAUCAGAGUGGAACGUAGCUGCUAUGACCCUCCAUGGAAGAACGCGUCAGCAAAGGUAUGCGAAGCUCGCGGACUGGGCUUACAUACGCGAGUGUGUCGAUGCCGUCCGGGCGCGCGAAGCGGAUGAAGACCUUCCACGCAUCCCCAUCUUCGGUGGCGGCGAUGCUUUCUCUGCUCAGGGCUACUGGUCCUGUGUUGAAGAGAGUGGUGUGGAUGGAAUAAUGGUCGCGAGAGGUGCCCUGAUCAAGCCCUGGAUUUUCACCGAGAUCAAGGAGAGGAGAGAAUGGGACAUUAGCGCUGUCGAACGAUUGGAUCUCAUCCGUAAGUACGCUGAGUUCGGGUUAACUCACUUCGGCUCGGAUACCGCUGGCGUCAACACGACACGGAGGUAUCUAUGCGAAGCCCUGUCCUUCCAAUAUCGGUACAUCCCCAUAGGUCUAUUGGAAGCUUUGCCCCCUCGCAUCAACGAUCGCGCUCCAAUGUUCCGUGGCAGGAGUGAGCUUGAAACACUACUCGCCAGCCCGGACAGUAGAGAUUGGGUCAAGAUCUCCGAGAUGUUCUUGGGUCCUGCUCCUGAAAGCUGGACGUUUACCCCGAAGCACAAGAGUAAUGCGGUCAACGACCAAGACCAGGGAUAGAUGAAACUAAAUCACAUCAGCGUGCAUCCGGUCGAUACGCAACUUGAAAGUUGUUACAGGGUAGUUUUACUCCGUUCGUAUGGUCCAUUUCGAAGCAUCUUGUACUAUUCCAUCUGUACAAACACGAAACUGUACCGAAAUAACAUACACCACGAAUCAUGUAACUGCCGUCAUUCACCUUUCGAAGUUCAUCUGUGCGCUUGCAGCCUGCAUGUGGCCAGGGUAUGGUCAACGCCUGACCUUCCUCAAGCACUGAUAUCCAUAGGGUCUUCCUUCGGACUGUAAGAAGGACUGACAUGAGACGACGGAAAUGGCGACGUCGGUGGUGAUAUCGCCAACGCAUCCUUCGUUAUUUCCGGAGGCAUCUGCUGGAGGAGAAGGUAGCUGUCUCUCUUUGCGACAUCCUUGAGACCUUCAGGCCACGCCAGGGUUGCCUUUUCUUCGUGUUCCGAUAGAGCACGAUUAUAUAUUAGGAAGUAAGGACCAGCACCCAUGUGGAGGCCUGUUGCAUCUGUUAAGACAAUUUCCUCUGAGACCUCGGUGACAGUAUAAUCGACGGUCUUCCACCAUCGCGAGCCAUGAGAGAUGUACGAAUAGAGAUGGGAUCUUCCGGGUAUGCCAUCGUGGAUGAAUACAGCACGGAGAUCGUAUCGUUGCUGUUGUAGAGCUGGGUCGUCGAAGAGUUUGACGGCCUGUUCUUGGAGAUUGCUGACUUGAGUUUGAAUAGUCUCCAAUUCGUUCUCUAUCCGAGUCACGAUCUUGCGCAACUUCAUGGCGGCACGUUCGAUAAUCAGCUUACGUUCCGGGUCUUCCUUGUUUGCGACAUUCUCGAAGUAAUAUAGUGUCGCGUACAAGUCUUUCAGGUUCUCUUUGCCAUUUGUGUGUGUCAGUGCGCUCUUCUUCGAGAUCAGCCUUUGCACCUCCUCCUGAAUGUCCUUCUGCUGUCUUUUCUUCUGCAUCGCCAGCUCCGCAUUCUCCUUCAUAAACCUAUCGAGGUACAAGUGUUUCGGGUAUUCAAAUCGUUGCCUCGGUGCAGAGUUUCCCGUAUACAAUGGAAGAGAUUCGUGACGGACGAGCUGAAAAGCAACAACGUCAGACGACUCGAAGAUGACUUGCUGGGCCAUGCCGAGGCCAGUAUGAGAAAGUUGAUCGGAGAGACAAGAGAUGAGGUCGUGACUAGGUUCGCCGUCGCGGAUGUCGACUCUGACGACGGCUUUGUCGAUGCGGCUGUCGAGCGGCAAUGUAUUGGGUUCCGAGUCUUUUGGGCCAUAUCUAAAGUGGAACAGUCUGGGCCAUUGGUGGGAUUGGCUAGCGGCCUGGCUGAACACUAUUUGCUCUAUUUGAAGCGCCAGCUUACUGAAGAGUUGGAAACAAACUUCUCCAGGACUUUCGGUGCCGUCUCUCGGGGUGCCGGCGGAGAAAGCCUCGAUCAAGAUGUCGGCAGUCAUGUUGUUGGCGACACACACAUCCAUAUAGACAAAGGAUUCUACUAAAAGCAUUAUUGCGGCUUCAGGUGUUCCUUUCGGCGGGUCAGGAGUAAUCGUGCUCCACUGGCACAGACAUCGCCUGACUUGUGGCACGAAGAACAGACCCUGAAAUAAGAGGCUCGCGUACGUGCACAGGGCAUUCGUAGCGCGGAGCGCCACAGGACGGUCGUCUUUCCGAAUCGAUUCUUCUGGUGGCGGAUUCACCAGCUCCUGCUCGACAUAAUCACGGUACGUUGUAUUCAGGCUCUCUUGGAUAGCGCGGUUCAGAGUCUGAUCGUCUUGGGAUAUACCCGCCGGGACUUCUGCGUUGGAUGAUACUACGGCCCAGUUUGGGUCUGGGGCUCGAUUGCUUGGACCAAAAGUAGUGGUAGUUGCUGUCUCCAAAGAGGCCUCAAGAGCCCUCUUGAAAUCUUUGUCCUCGUCAAUCGUGAGAUCUAUCACAGACUGAUUUUGUUCAGGUUUGGAAGGAGGAGGAGUUCGUGGGCCACUAGUCGGAUUCGAUGUCUCAUGCAGUGCGCCAAAGCCUGCGGGCCACGUCGCAUCUUCUCCUCGUAGAUCGUUAUCGAGAAUAGAGGCAGCCGCCUUUUCCGGAUCACCCUUGUGUCUUCGAAGAACGCGUCUUGCAACUUGAGGGUCGAGAUCCCCCAUCAUCAUGACAAGCAUGUUGACAUGCUCUUCUUCCUGCGGAUCGACCAUAUCACAAUCUGAUAUUUGUCUCGUAUUCGGUGAGCUG